AUGUAUGGAAUGAACAGGCCUAGUGCUUCCCUUCCACCAGGGUUCAGAUUCCAUCCUACAGAUGAAGAGCUCAUCAUCCAUUAUCUAAAGCAGAAGGCCUCGCCUUCAUCAAAUCCGCCAAUCUUAAUAAUAGCUGAUGUCAAUAUCUACAAGUUCAAUCCGUGGGAACUUCCCGAUAAGGCUUUUUUUGGGGAGAAUGAGUGGUUUUUCUUUAGUCCAAGAGAUAAAAAGUAUCCGAAUGGAACACGUCCGAAUAGAGCAGCUGCAUCUGGCUACUGGAAAGCCACUGGGACCGAUAAACCAAUCAUCAGCUCUGUUGGAUCUCAAUGUCUUGGAAUGAAAAAAGCUCUUGUAUUUUACAAAGGACAUCCUCCGAAGGGUGUAAAAACUGAUUGGAUGAUGACUGAGUACAUGCUUCUUGAUGAUUACUUUUCAUCCCAAAGGCCAAAAGGAUCCAUGCGAUUGGAUGACUGGGUUCUAUGCCGAGUCCGGCAGAAAAGCAAGGUUCCCCAACAACUUGGAGGAAGAAACUAUAGCGGUUCUAGCUGUUCCCCUCCAUUCUCCCGUGGGUACUUACAAGGUCAAGAGAUGACAAUAGAGAACGCCAAUAUUCUGCAUGGCCAUCAUCAGUUACCUGCAGAGUAUCAAAUGUCUCCCUUGGAAAGUGAAGAACUAGAUGAAAAGGGACAGAUAAUGGAUCUCCAAGAAGGCUCUCCAGAGUACUCACUUUCCAACUCUCCAAAAAUCAUUGAUUCUAAUGUCAGAGACGUGCUCAAAUCCAUUGAAAGGGAACUCUCCGUUGGAGCUUUGGAUGAACUGUUGCCAUCACAACCAGAUAAAAGAUUGAAGGUUUCCGCUUCAGAUAACAGUCCUGCCAACGCAUCCGUUUUCCAAAUUUCUUCCCCCGCCCCAUCCGCAUCAUACCAACAGCAUUUCUCAGAGUUCUAA